AUGCCCGACAUCGACCCCGCGGCUCUGAGUCGCCCAUCCGUCAGCCUCUCGACUCCUAUCCUCUCCAACAAGACCCUCGCUGGCUCUGGUGCUGGGGCGCCCAAAAUCGCAAAGUCGAGCCAGAUUAUCCCUGCGCGAAUUGACCUCGAGGCCCCGUAUGCCGCCCUCAAGGCCGCCAUCGGCAACGAACAAUGGUCCAUUUACAAGGCUUCCACCAGCGAGUUCUUGACCGGACGUUUAAACCAGGUCGAAUACUCGGAACGAAUCGACCCUAUCCUCGCAGGCCCCGGCGACAAGGAACAUCUACAUAAUAACCUUAUAGCGGCCAUCUACGGAAAUGUCACCCGUGAGAUGCCCGACCAAGGGCUGGCUCCCUGGGUCAGCGCCAACGAUAAACCCGCCGCCACCACCGGGAGCAAACCAGUAUCAGGCGAUGCCGCCGAGCGCAGGUUGAAGGGAGAUGUUAUGCAACUGCCUGCGCGAGACCGACGGCGCAUCAAGGACUUGGUUCACAAUGAUGUUUGUGCAUCCCUGCCUGCUUCGUCGCAACCACUAACAUGUGUCAGUGGGAUCCUCACGAGACCUUCCAUGGUGAUGGAUGCUACCCCUAGCGCAGGGGUCAUCAAUAAUAUGAACUUUGACCUCGAGAUUCGAAAACGAUAUGCCCAACCCUUGGCGGUCGAAUCCGGCGAGUUCCCCGAUAUCGGUAUGAUCUCAGGGCGGAUGCUACCGUUUUGUUAUGAGGCAGGCCUUGUCAGCGGCCACGCUGGAGAUGCUCCUCAAUUUAUGUCGGUUGCUGUAGACACAUUCAUCAAGGAAGUCUUGACACAGGUGUUCAGUCGCACACGAAGUAACGGACCUGGCGAUUCUGGCAGUGCCGGGUUUGGCGUUGGAACGACGUGGAUACAAACGCAAAAGUAUAAGCGACAACUCGAGUACGAAGAAGACGCGGCCAUGCGAGGCGAGAUAUCCCGGGACAAAAGCGGCCUUCUCCCGAUCGAGUCCAAGUCGGCGAGCGAGAGGGGUCCCCUGGGCAUGGCAGACCUGCGCCUGUCCUUGGAAAUGGCCGAUACAGGAAUGGCACAGUUCCCAGUACUCAUGACACAAGUUCUGUAUGGGUACCGGGAAGGCGAGCUAGAGAACUGGGACGACUACACCUGGAUUCACGAUCAGGGUCCAGAAGGCUACUUGGAAGAGAACCAUGUGGCUGGGAUCAACGGCGGAAGAGUAUUCGAGCUCCCGAACGGCCACCCCGACGCCAUGGACAUUGACACAGAAACAUGGUGGGAGGGCGCAGAGAACCAAGAUAUGGAUAUGUUGGAUGCAGUCUUGGACUCAUGCCUUGCGGUUGGGUCAUAG